CUCGGGGAGGUUCCCUGUAGUCAAGAACCCGGAUGCUCUUAGAGGGUGUGGCAGCUCAUAUUGUGGGCGACUGUCAAACGCGAAAAGCCUGCACGGAUCUCUCGAUAAGAAAUAAUAAUACUGUACAUACAAUCAUGGAGUGCGUACCUUCUAGCUCCGUGGAAACCUCGCUGAAAAAACUACGCCCUAUUCUCCCGGCAGAAGAAAAGAGGCGAGAUCAGGGGGCGGACGUGAUCGGGAGAAAUAAGUACUGUGCUUACACCAAAUGCAACGAAGAUGAACAAGUUUACACAGCAUGUGAUGAGUGUAUGAGAACAUUUUGUAACAAACACAUCAAUAGUGGUAUACAUACAUGUCAUCAGCAGAAAGCCGCUACGUUGGGACCCCUGACAGUCACACAUACAACAUCAUCAGGCACCAUGCAUGACGGGGUUAUAGUAUACCGGUCUCCUCCCCCCGGUUGUAGCAGUAUUGAAGACAGUAAAACAAUGUACAGUUCACCCUCUCCUCCCAGCUUAGUCGAGGACCAAGACCAGGACCAAGACCAAGAAGAAGAACCCUACCAAACAGAACCGGUCGACCUGUCUGUACCCAGGAAGAGGUCCAACUCACAGUCAGAAAGCAAUAAAACAAUCUAUCCAGCCAAAUCCUUCAAGACAUACCACAAAGUAGACAGUAAUGGUGCUUUAGACUUGAAGAAACACUCGGCAGCCACACUCAAUAUCCCAUCGCCAGUCCUAAGACACAAUGAUCGGCGGCACGACAUGGAUGACAUGUUAACGGCAGACGACAUGGUCGAUGAGGAGGAUGACCACGAGGACGACGAUGACCAACCCAACGUGAGCCUAGAGAGUAUCACAAGAACAGGCGCUGGCGCCCUUAUCAAAAUUACGAGAGCAGCUGAAAUCCUUUCUCUUCUCCCUCGCACCAGUGAUCUCAUCUCAGAAAACCUAGCGAGGACAUGGCAACCACCUCACCACGCCAUCAGCCACCAAUCCUCAGGGAGCAGAAGGGGGCCUAGGAUGGUAGUACCCACCGCAGGGGAUCCUAACCUACCCCUCAGCCUGCAGACCGUCGUGAUGGACCAUGGCAAGCGGAGACGGGUGCACCAGUGUGACUUUGCUGGGUGCAAUAAGGUCUACACGAAGAGCUCUCACCUCAAGGCGCACAGAAGGACACACACAGGUGAAAAGCCGUACAAAUGCCAAUGGGACGGUUGCGGCUGGAGCUUCGCCCGCUCUGACGAACUCACCAGACACUAUCGCAAGCAUACGGGUGACAAGCCAUUCAAAUGUACUCACUGUGACAGGGCGUUCUCAAGAUCGGACCAUCUCUCGCUCCACAUGAAAAGACACUGAAUGACUUCAAACCGAGCCAGCCAUGUGGAUGGAUGUGCGUGUUUUAUUUUGAUGUUGUCGUCGUACUGCGAUGGUAGAGGGCAGCAGACUUGAUGUGUUGCUUUAUACCAGGAGAGCUUUAGAGGAGUCUUGCAGAGGAACAACUGGUGACUAUCCAACCAUGAUGCUUCCUAGAGCACCUGGUAGAAAGAUUACCAAAGCCAAGGAGCAACAUAAAGUCUGAAAUAGAGGCAUGCCCAGCUAGACUUGUUUCAUUAUUUUGUGUCAGGUAGCGAGAUCUUCAAGAUUUGCAGAGGGAUUACCCAACAUCAGACAUUGAGGGGCAUAUGCUCCCUAGAAAAUAGGCAGAAUUCUUCUGGAUAAUUGAAAGACGAUUGGGUGAACUUUUCACAGCUCGGGUCUUUGCUUUUUGUCCUACGCUGUCUUCUAUUUGUUGAGUUGGAUGAAUGUUAUCCUUUUUGGGAUCAAAGGUCCUUGAUGAACCAGUGUGGUCCAAUUUUUGUGAUUGGGACUGCACACAUCAAGUUCAUUGGUCACUUAGGAGUCUUUCCAUGUCUCUUUGCGUGAUGAUCGGUUUGUUUCAGCUCCUUGGAGCGGAAAAGGAAAAAGGCCCUAGUCUAAAUGUAAAAUUGAAAAAAAGGCAGGAUAAAUGCCUGUAGAAGAUCUCAGGUAUUAAGAAUGUCAUUCUUGACACACAUUUAUGCAUGAUUAUCCAUAGUUAUAUGCCUAGUUCAUCUAUACAUGAUAAAAUAUGGUAUCAUCUUUAUCAAAAGAUUUGGGUACAACCUCUUACUAUAUACCAUUAACAAAAGCAAGUAAGUAAAUACCAAGUAAUGCACAAUACCAAAGUUACAUGUAUGCAAAAAGUUCGAAAUGGACUUGCCCAAACUGUCAAUUCAAGUCAUGUACUGUAGUAUUUGGUUUGUUAUUUUUUGUGUAGUCGCAACUUUGACAUCAAGAUUAUACAAUGGGCUUGUGUGCUUUCAUUAUUCAACUAUGAACUCUAUUCUGUCAAAAUCCUCCUAUUUUGUCUUCUAAAAUAAUUACAAUGAAAAUGAUAUUUCUUUCCUACAUUUGGGUUUGUAUACAUUUAUUGUCAAAUAUGAAAUGCCAUUCUGUGAAAUUUCUCCUUUCUAGUCUUCUAAAAGAAUUAAAAUGAGAAUAAUUUAUCUUUUCCAUUUCUUCCAAUUUAUUGAUAUAUCGCCAAUCCAAUUUAUUCCAUAAUCUAGGACUUUUAGCAGUAAUGAGAAUCUCUCAUUAUUUGAAAAUGUGCAUAUUAAUGUUGAUUUGCGCCAACUUUCUUAAAUGUUUUGUAUGACUGCAAACAGCACUGCUUACGUAAGACUACGAUAGCAAACUAAUGAUAAAAUCACUUACACAUAAUAGGAAAACAUUUUAUUGUUCAUUGUUACUGGGGUUUUUUUUGCAUAAAAUAUGGAAUGUUUCAUACAUACAAAGUUUUAAAAGUCCAUCUGAAUAAGAUGUCCAUUAUAUCAAGCAAAAUUUUGCAGUUACUUUCAUGCAUUACGAUACUCUAAAUGCAAUAGAUUUGUGUUAACUGGUACGACGACAUUUUUAGCAUCUGUCUCGAUUUGAAGAAAGAUAAUCAACGCGAGAUGUUUUUGAAGAAAUGUCAUUUAUAAGUGGAUGUUCACAUAUUGUGUCCACUUUCAUUGCAGAUUUAUAGCUUCUAAUUGUUAACAUCGACCGUGAUACACACUCACAUGUUCUUCACAAUGGAUGAGCAUAGAUUUUGAAUAUUUUUGAACUUGUUUCUUUCUUUGAAUAUCUUGGAAAGGUCAAAGGUCAAUGCCAUAUUUUUGCCCUGGCGUUGUUUACCUUUUAGUCUUUAAUCUCUAUGAAAAUAUUCAAAGGAUAUCAGGAUAUCUGGAAAGGGUCUUUAUCAUUGUCACUGUUAUUGCGUUUAUUGUUGAAUUUAUUUUAUAUGUAACAGUAUCUAUGUAUACUUGAUAGAGAUUCAUGUGUGAAAUAUUGUAUUGAAAUUAUGACUUGUUUACUUAGUUAUUACUUGGUAGAUUAAUUCUUUUUUAAGUGGUGCUGGAAUUCACCCACAUCUAACAGCCAACUUAAUCAUUUACCUAUCCUCAAAAAUUUAUAUUGCAUUUUAAUGGUUAUCAUUCAUAAUCAGAAUUAUAUAUAAUUAUAUGCCGUUCAUUGCUGCAAAAUGAUUAUUUGUGUGACAGUGUCUCAGUGCGUGGGUGUGUGUUGUUUAUUGUCUUAUUAUAUGCGUGUCUCAGAUUUUUUUUUUAGGUAUUUGUAUGUUUUGUGGUACAAUGCUAUGAUUAUUGCUGUAACUUCACCCAAUCUGCUGUGAUAUAAUUGAUAUUUUUGUGAGUUACAGAAAAGCUAUCUUUAUCAAAAUCCGUAUUUUGAAUUAUAGGAAUACAAAGCGACUAAAUCUUCAUUUUAGGUUUUUUUUUGGUAAACUGUCAUUUUCAGGGACUCUGUUUCUUAUGAUACAGCAUUAGAAUUUCAGAUGUGUUUGUAAUGUAGUAUGAUACUUGCAGAUUGGAAGGAGACCAUUUUGACAGCAUUUAGAUAGUUCUGUUUAUUACAUCUAUCGAGGCAAUAAUCGUUGUUCUCUGAAGUUUGCCAAGGUGUAAAAUUAGGAGCUCCUGUCGCUAUGAUAAUUCAUUUUUUCUUUUUUUAUAAAAACUAGGAUACCGACUUUUGAAGUGAGUUACAAGUUUUCCCCGUUUGCAGAGAUUUUAAUUAUUCUGCAAAAGGUCCUUUAUUUGAAUGAUAUUCAGAUGUUCGUGGUUUUAUUUUAUUUUUUUCCUGAGGCAGUGAUGAGUUUUGAUCAACAUCACUUUCAGACACUGGACUUAAUGGACAAGUGGGGUGGUAUUCUGAAAACUAUGUUAAUUAAAUCCUAAACUAGUUUUAGUCAGACUUUUUUCGGCAGGAAGAUGCAUUGUGAAAAAUGGGUGUGUCGGAGACGUAACCUGAAGGAAAAAAAAGAUUACAUACCCUCAACACAGUUUUCAGAAUACCGAUUUAGAGGUAUGUAAUGGGUAUGUUAACUCUGGGACUUGACAUAGAAGUUAACAUAGAAGUUUACUUCUUUUUGGGAAUACCGCCCAUGAUUAACAUGUCGCUUUCUUUUCUGUGUGGAGUAGUGGGGUUCAUCUGUAGGGUCACUUAGAUGCAAAACUUAUCCGUCCAAACUGUGUAAAAAGCUUGUACAAUUCAAGACUAGAUAGGUCUAUGGUAUCGUCUCUAAGAGAUGUAGGGGAGUUCUGUAAGUUUGAAUGGUACAUGUAUAUCCUGGUGUCCAACUGGAAAGAUUGUGAAUGAUUUUAAUUUUUGUUGUUGAUUAAUUGCAAUGACUGAUUGGCAUUGAGUUGUAUUACACUAAGAAGAUUGUAGUAAUGGAUUUAGUAACAUACUCUUGACAUCUGAAUUGCAUCUUUAUAAAGUAUUAAUACUGAAUUGAAAAGAGCCCGAAUUUCCUAUGAAUCUUAACGAGAAUUAUUUUAGUAAAUAAUAUUGGACCUCUUGAAGUAUGUUACUUGCCACAUUAAAUUGUUUCCCCCAAUUGUUAACCCCAAUUUUACCUUUUCAUAUCUCACCAACUAGAAUUUACUUUCAUUGAAAAACCUUUUGGAAUGGAUUUAUUCAUACUUAAAUGAUUUUAAAAUCCCAGUAACUGUAAUUGAUUGAAAAUUGACAAAUGGAAAUGAAGAAACGUAAUGAUUUGCAAAUUUUAUUUCCAUAAUUGAAACACUGAGAUAGUUUUGAUUUUGGAAGUAUAUAGACUCUUUUUUAAAUAGUUGGGUUACAGCAAAUUAAAGAAAGUAGAUAUUGAUAUUCGUUCUCAUUGAUGUGAAAUAAACACUUAUAGGUUUUGUUUUAUUUUUCAGUGCUAAUUGGUUAAAUAGCUUUGGGGUAAUAAUGACUCUGUUUCUACACUCCAUGCAAAUACUUUGUGUUGAUCUCACCUAAUUAUAGAUUGAACUGGAACAAGUUCACAGAAAUUGUGAACUUGGUACACCUGUAUUUUUAAGUGUGACAGACAUUAUUUUGAGAGUUGUUAUGUGUAUGUAGGUAUGGAUCAUAGGCGGUGUAUAUGUUGAAAGUUUUGUGCUAAUCUAUAUGUAAUCUUGUCUUUAUUACGAUGUAAAUAGCUAAAGAAUAUAUAUGUGCAUUAUAUUCAUGCCAAACUCAGAUUUUUCCUCAAUAAAAGUAAUAAUGAAGCCCUUUUGAACAAA